AUGUCAACGACUACUGGUGCGUUCCUUGCUGGAGGCAUUGCAGCUUGCGGUGCCGUUACCGUUACCCAUAGUUUCGAGACUGUGAAGAUUCGGCUACAGCUGCAGGGUGAAUUGCAGGCGAAGAAUGAGGCCGUAAGGCUAUACAAGGGUCCUUUGCAUGGUGUGAAGGUCAUUCUGCAAAAUGAGGGUCCUCGAGGCCUGUUCCGCGGAAUUGGAUCUGCUUACAUUUACCAAGUGUUGCUAAACGGAUGCCGUUUGGGUUUCUAUGAACCAAUUCGUUCCACCGUCACAUCCGCCAUCUACAGCGAUUCCAAGGUCCAGUCUCUCGGCGCCAAUGUCUUUGCCGGUGCGACCUCUGGUGUUAUUGGUGCCGCUGCUGGCUCUCCUUUCUUCCUCGUGAAGACCCGUCUCCAAUCCUUUUCUCCUUUCCUCCCCGUUGGUACGCAGCACAACUACAAAAACUCGUUUGAUGGCUUGAGCAAGAUCUACAAGAGCGAGGGUGUCAAGGGCAUCUACCGUGGUGUCGGCGCUGCCAUGAUUCGGACCAGUUUCGGCAGUGCUGUUCAACUCCCGACAUACUUCUUCGCCAAGCGCCGUCUGACUCGCCACUUGGGUAUGGAAGAGGGCCCUGCUCUGCACCUGGCGAGUAGUGCCGCUUCUGGUUUCGUAGUCUGCUGCUUCAUGCACCCCCCUGACACUAUCAUGGCACGCAUGUACAACCAGACUGGAAACCUCUAUACAGGCGCGCUCGACUGUCUUCUCAAGACCGUCCGCAAGGAGGGUGUGCUAGCGAUCUACAAAGGCUUCUUUGCUCAUCUUGCCCGCAUCUUACCCCACACAAUCCUGACCCUCAGCUUAGCUGAGCAGACUAACAAGUUGAUGCGACGAGUCGAGGAUCGUAUCCUGCCCGAUUCUCUCCGUGGCAAGAUCUAA